UCUCUACCCUCUUCCAUUGUUGACCAAUUCUUUCUCUCUCUGUCUGUAUUUGAAGAAAAUCUGAGGAGCCCUAGAAGUUUAUCCUUUCCUUCAUCGCCAGCCUGAAUUCAAUUGUUUGAUUCCUCAAUUCUCUUCAUUAUCAAAGUUAAAAAUGUCUGAGACUGUUGUUCUAAAGGUGGCUAUGUCAUGUGAAGGCUGUUCUGGGGCUGUGAAGAGGGUUUUAGGCAAAAUGGAAGGUGUGGAGUCUUUUGAUAUAGAUAUGAAGGAACAGAAAGUGACUGUUAAAGGAAAUGUGAAACCAGAUGCUGUCUUUCAGACUGUUUCCAAGACGGGAAAGAAGACUGCUUUCUGGGAUGCUGAGGCUGCUACUACUUCUUAGUGUACUCGUUUUGUUCAUCGUCGAUUAUCUUAAUGUAAGCUACGGUUUUUACAUUUUCACGUAUGUUUGGUUAUCUCUGUUGUUGCUGCUGCAUUAUUCAAACCUUUGUUUAUUUGUGUUUGUAUUAAUAUAAUGUGUUUUCUUUCUU